ACAGCGCGGUCGUGCGACAGCUGACAGAGUUUGCCGCGAACUUUGCUAAACUUUUGCCGCCGUUUUUGUGACUUGUGACAUAGUGUUGUGAUUGUGCCCGUAGACCGACUGUGGAUGAACAGAGAUAGCGAAGACCGUUGGAUGGUGGCGAAAGACCGGAAUGAGUUUUAUGGGAUGGGAAUGGGAGAGGGGCGCGUCAGUCCACCAGUGAGCGGGGACACUCCAUUGCGUCUGCGCGGGCUCGACCAAUCACAGACGUCCGUCAUGGAGGUGUGGGCGUCAGUGGCUUCUUGGUUCUUCAGGCCUGAAGCCAACUCAACCCCAACCAGUGGCGCGGCCUCCAACCCUGCCAGGCCGGCCGAACCUCACCUCGCACUCGCCCCUACCAUCUGCACGGCUAUCCGGUGUACAGUCCCUGGAUGUACCUGCGAGUGCUUCACCCCCGGCAAGCUGCAUAUUCGCUACUGCGAGUCUUGCUCUCACGGCUGGGUACCUCAUGCUCUAGACAAGCUCGGGUUCCGUCACGUGUUCGGCCAGAGUCCUGUGGAGCCUGUACAGCCGAACGUCGCCUUUGACAUCGCCUCCCUCGUCCUCUACGGGUGCCAAGCGCUCCCCAUCAGACUCAAGAUCCUCCUGGACAGACUCUUCAGCGUCCUGCAGCGCGAGGAGGUCCUGCAAGUGCUCCGGGGCUUCGGCUGGAGCCAUGAGGACUACGCCCGAGGCUACAUACUACAGGAGCCUCACGGCGCUGUCCUAGACCGCUGGAACAUCUGCAGUCCUGAGGAGGAACCUCUAGUUCUGCAACAGUUCCUCAGGUUCGGCGAGACAAGGGCGAUCACCCAGCAGCUGCUACUCCACAGCUCUGGACUGCCCAGGAUAGAGUCAGACAUCAAGAAGUUCAUAGAGCGAGCAGCAGGAAGACCUUUCCCAACGAAGGAGGACGACAGGAACUCCAGGAUAUCCAUCAAACCUAUCCAGCAACUCCAGCAGCCUCCUAGGAGAGGGUUGUCUCCGCCUGGACAGAAUCAUCCGAUGGGUCACCAGAUAGGUGCUAGACCACCACCGCCACCGGUUUCGCCACAGAAGCCUAUGAACUUUCUGAAGCUUCCGCCUACUGGGUUGACUUGUACACCGGCGACCACUAGUAAUGGACCUGUGACGUCAUCUCCCCCCAGCAGUAUCAGCAGCAGUCCUCUCAGUGUGUCCCCGCUCAAUAGACUCCAGAGUAUGCAGCCCUUUGAUUUCCGGAAGAUCGCUUCAGGUGCGUCGUCCAUGCCCAUGAAGAACAGUCCUGAAAGAAGAAGAGCUUCGGAGAAUUCAGAGCCUAGUCCUCCUGGGUUGAUGAAUCUUUGUGUGACGAGUCCUAACCCUGUUUGUCCUCCCCCUCCACCACCUCCCAUCCCGGCCACGAGCACUGCCAUGUCUAUAUACCAGCCCCAUCGGUCUCCAUCCAUCGAUCGCCCGGGAAGCAGUGAGUUUGGAUCGGACGAUGAUGACGACGAUGAAGAAAACUCUCACUCCGCUCUUAACUUAAGCCGAGACGCUGCCCCCAGGAUGCCCAGGCCACACAGACCUCAGCAUAUGAGAAAGACCGCCACGCCCAUGAAACGACAGUGGGGCUCUACGCCUCUACCUUUGAAUUUGGGGACUCAACUAAUAAACCCUGCCACAGGGAAGAAGAGAGUACAGUGCAAUGUAUGUCUGAAAACCUUCUGUGACAAAGGUGCCCUGAAAAUCCACUUUUCAGCUGUACAUCUACGAGAAAUGCACAAAUGCACUGUGGAGGGCUGCAACAUGAUGUUCAGCUCCAGAAGGUCAAGGAAUAGGCAUAGUGCGAACCCCAAUCCGAAACUGCAUUCGCCGCAUUUGAGAAGGAAGAUCUCUCCUCACGACGGUAGAAGCGCUCAAUCACAUCCUAUCCUCAUACCUCCCAUUCCACCAGGAGCUUUAAACCCCCUUACCUUCGGAACAUUUCCCCUGCUUCCCCCGACUCCGGACAUGAGGCAUCAGCAAGCUGUUCUCGACUUGAAACAGAGUUUAGACCUGAGUCUUCACAGGCAAGAGGAACAGAGAAGGUACGAGAACUCCUCUUCUGACCAUAUGGACGACUACAUGAUGGACGAUGACGAUGAAGAAGGCAUUGUGGUCGUGGGAAACGGUGACGAUGAUGACGACGGAGACUCUGAAACGCAAAACGGAGACAAACAUUAUGAAGAAAAAUCAAAAAGGUUCAAGCUAUCUGAGUCAGACAUGGACAUGGACGAAGACGUUAGCAACAUGGACAGCAACGAAGAUUCUUUAAGUGUAGUCGAUUCACAAAGUGUCAAAGAGGAAAACACAGAAACCCCAGGUGAAAAUACUGCAACGCAUGCAAAAGCUGUAAGAAAAAGAAAGAACCAAAAUCCUACUAAAUGUGCUGUAGCUUCUAGAAUCGCUGAUGAAGAUGGUAUGACUGACGAGGAAUACUCAAACGAUGUUUUUCAGGCAGGAAAAAAGGAAGACAUUAACAGGUUGCAGCAAGGCGGUGAUGAAAAAAACUUCGAAAGUAGUGAUCAGCCACAAGACUUAUCAGAAAAGGAACCCACAGAAGAUAAACCAAUAACAGUUGCUGAAAGGAAGAGUCCUGCUCAAUCUGAAGCCCACAACGCAGAAAAAGAGGUAGAAGAAGAGCCUUCAAAAAACGAUUUAUUAAAAAAUUCUGAAAACAACGACCGCAGUCGGAGAAAUAGUCCAGACAACAUAAGAGGUGAUAAUGAACUGAAUGGCAACGAAAAUAACAACAUCCCUAUUCAAGAUUUAAAGCACGAUAAGUCGGAAGAGCUUUCUAAAUCCCCAAAUUUAAGAAAACCAGAAGAUCAACUCGAUUCUUCAAAUGCUCUACGUCAGCUUGAAAACCUCUCACAGGGAAACUUUGGGGAAAUCAACACAACUAGACAGCACGAUUCGUUCCCUUUGAAUUUCAUGAUGAAUCAGGACCCUCCAAGUCCAGCAAGAUCACACUCGUCCUCCGGAAGUUCUGGGGACUGCGCUUCAGAAGACAACGGAGACGGAGUCUACGGCCACUUCCAAGACGGGACUUUCAUCAGUACCAUGGACGUUCCCAUAGACAAGGACAACCCCCGUAUGUGCACAGCUUGCGGUAAAAUGUUCCAGAACCAUUUCGGAGUCAAAACGCACUACCAGAACGUCCAUUUAAAACUGAUGCACAAAUGCACCGUGGAAGGAUGCAACGCAGCUUUCCCUUCGAAAAGAAGUAGAGAUAGACACAGUGCGAAUCUCAACCUUCACAGAAAACUGCUAUCCACAUCUUUAACUGAUAAAGGGUCUUUGUUCCUAGAAAACUCACCGUUCUCUUCUCUCGCCGCUAAUACAGCGCUUCACAACGAAUUCCUCUCUCGUUUCUAUGGGGAUCCGCAGUCGAUGCCUCUCCCACCACAUCUUCCUCCCCCGGGAAUGAUGAAUGGGGAUCGACUUCCUACACAUCCUCCUAUGUUCCUACCUCCCUUAGGAGGUCUCCCCGGGUUUCCCGGGAUGAACAACUUCUCCCACCUCUCACAACCUCUUCACAACGUCAACGGCCACUCCUCCGGGUCAGCGUCACCAGCCUCCCCGGCGUCUUCUCCGACAUCACACAACGACGACGAGCUUCCUCCGCCGGACAGAGACGGCCUCCUCCCCUGCCGCUUCUGCCACCAACCCCUGUCCGACGCCACCGCUCUCUAUGAGCACUACGAGCAACUUCACGCGUCGGAGAUGUUCCGGUGUUCCCACUCCGGGUGUUCCAGGAUGUUCACUUCCAGGAGGAAGAGGGAUUCCCACUCAGAGACGGACCAUCAGGCUGCCUCGUCGUGACCUCCCCCUCUACAUCACCCCCCACCCCUCUGGUGGUAGUGCCAAUCCUUCGCUAUAGUGACGUGGUGGUCGAUGAAGACCGAUAAUUCUGUGAAUGGUGUUGGAAAUUUUCUAUUUAAUCAGUACGCUUCAUAGAAAUGCAAUCGAUUAAUAAAUUAACUAGCUAAUUAAAUCCAGUUACAUUCAUAAAAUUAGAGUGCUAUCGUAUUUUUUGAAGGACCCAGUAUACUGUAUGAUAAUUAUUUUCUAAAUUUAUACAGAACUGUAAUAACAAAAGUAAAAAAAUAUUCUGCAGAUGAAAGUGUUAAACGUUUGAAGAUGCAAUAGAGUCUAUCGACCAUCCCGUCCUGUUCGCCUCAGUUCCUUCGUGUAUUUAUUGUUAGUCUACGUAUCAUAAUCAAAAUCGUUAUUAGAUAGUCGCUUCUCAGUGAUCGUAUUGUCACCAAAUUUUGUAAUAAUUGUAAAAUACUCGCGUGUAUAAAACUGACGAGUUCCCUUUUGUAUCGCUAGUGCAAUAAUUCGAGCGUCAGACUCGAGUCCAUUGCGUAGUGAGUGUUUUGGACGAUGUAGCAUAUGUGUUUGUAUACGAAUAGUGUAGUUGGAUUGUACUUAAACCACCGUGACACCCAGUGCGAUUCACUGAGUAUUCGAUAUGAAUUCGAUUAAUCGAAUGAGUACCCGGUGUAGCCGAUUACUCAGUGAAUCGCACACUCCUUCCUUACAUCGGUUCUACUGUGAUUAAAUUGUGUAUAUUUACCGUUUACUAUUAGUUGUAUGUUUUUACUUCGAUAAGGUAUUCGUAAUGGAGAUUCUCCUCAACUCCAUGAGAAGGCCGCUGAAUGUAGUUUGUAUAGCUUUGGACCUGUUUCGGCUGUCUUCUCAUGGACAAACGGUUUUCAUCUGUAACUAUUGUAUGAUUGUGAUUUUUAUCUGAACAAGUUAAUUAGUAAAUAUUGCUGUAAAUGUUGACUUUCUAUGUGUAUAUGAUAUUAUUUAACUACAGCCACUGUAUGAAAAAAGCUAAUUAAUUAUACGUUGGCUGUUUAACUUUACUGUUCAUUCAGGGCUUUAACUUCAGCUUUCUUGUAACAUUUUACUCAACUGUUUUUGUUUGUUUGUUUUUUUGGUCCAUUUGAAAUGGGCAUUCGAAUACUUAAAAAAUGUUUUUUUUGUAAAUUGGAUAAUUUAUUGAAGGAAAAGUUUCUUAAACAUAUUAAAUUAUGCCUACAUAUUGUGUUUUGAUCUAAAAUAUUGCUUUAUACAUUUUCGGUAAAAACUAUUUCAAAUUUGAUAUUGUAUAUAAGGUAUUAAACAUAAAUCUAUGUACAAUAAAUGUUUGUUGAAUUUGGUACAAGUUAAUUUUUAUGAUGUUGGCAACACUUGAUUGAAAUCUUCAUUGCUUUAUCCUAAAUGUAAAUUAUAGUUUACAACUCCUGUGAGUAGCUUGACAUAAAACUAUUUUUACCAAUUUUACUUUUUAAAUUGACGACUCUAAAAAUGUAUUACUAGUCUAUACAAAAACUUAUUGUAACUUAAUAACGAUUUCAUGCAUUGUAAAAAAGAAAGAGUGAGAGAGUGAAUGGUGUAUUUUGUUUCUAUGAUCUCCAAUGUGUAAUUGUAAUCAAAAACGACCCAUUGUCGUGCGUACCUCGAUAUGUAUAAAGAAUCGUGUACUUUUGUUAUAUAUAAGCGUACUGUAUGUAUUAUAGUCAGUGUAGGUGGCGAUCCCACCAAUAAAUAAAAAUGA